CCUUAUCUAAGGAAAAUACUCCGUCUUACAGGUACCAAGUAUGGCUGUGGUGGAGGCGGAUGUGGUGCAUGCACUGUGAUGAUCUCAAGAUAUGAGCCUAUCACUAAGAAGAUUGUGUAUCCUUUCGAGCCAAGAGACUGGUAAACUACACAUUGCAAAUCUCUUCCUUGGAUGAGGGAUAUUGUUGGUUUAGUAUGUUUAUAGCUGUGCCAUGAUUUCCAUGUCAGGGACUUGAAACCUGUAGCCCUCCAGAUGCCGUUGGGCUCCCAACUCCCAUCAGCCCAGGCUAGUAUUGUCAGUGGAAAGUGAAUGCUCAUGACUCUAUAAAGGUGACCGUCAAACAUGGUAAAGUGUUCUUUACAUAGUAUUUUUCCGUAUUGUGCUGGGGGCUGUUUAUGGGAAAGUGACAAAAGUAUAAUACAAAACAAACCAACCCAGAAACAAUUGAGCUACAUUAGCUCAGUGCAUAAAUACAGGCGGUGGCCAUUUUAGGCAGUUCCAACUGAAGUGUUUAAUUUUAAAUAUAUAAUUAUAAUGCACACAAAUAAUAGAGGCAAAUAAUAUACAUAUAAUAAAUGCUAAACACAUUCUCCUUUACAAUCCAAGUCAUUAUUCAGCCAAUGCAUGCUUGAUUCCCAUAUGUUCAUUGCAUGGCAGUGCGGUCAUCACUGUAGAAGGAAUUGGAAAUACAGAAACCAGGAUUCAUCCAGUUCAGCUCAAGGCAGCGUACAUAAAGUUUCUCCAGGCAGCCUGCUCUACAGGCAGCCUGCUCUACAGGUUCUGACCUGACUCAGUAAGGUGGCUACAAUCUUCCCCCUCAAACCAUGCCCAGGGACAUUCAUAAGACCAAUGGUGGGCAACUAUGAUUUUUGUAUUUUAGCUCUUGCUUUGUGAUUUUAUUACGGGGUUGUUUUUUAAUGUGGAAUUUAAACUCUUGUUGCCUGUUUCAAAUUGCUUUUCUGAUGUUGUAGGCCUCCUUGAGGGGAUUCUUGGGUCUGAUGUGGCAAACUAUAAGUAAGUCAAGCCCUAAGUAUCAGACAGGACUACUCUCAUGUGCAAUACAUAUGUAGCCCUCCUGGGCUUUCCCCUUUUUUCCACUGCAUCUGCCACUUGAGGCCACUCGUGUUGUAGGUUGGCUCCCUGUUUUAGAAUAGGCAAAGCCAACAUGGUGCCUUCCAGAUAUCGUUGAAAUUCCCAACACCCAUUAGCCCAGGCCAGCUUGGCCAGUAGUCAGGAAUGAUGGGAGCUGUAGUCCAACAAGGUCUGGAAGGUACCACAUUGCCUACUCGUGUUUUAUAACAGCAAUCAACUCAUGUGCUCUCGCAGCAACACAUGCAGUUCCAUAAGCAAUAAGCCUUUGGUGACCUUUAUAACAUUUCAGGUUCAGCUCCUGCAUGAAUUAUGAGCAGGCUUUCAUUUAAAAUAUCUGAAUAAGAGAAUGUGGUAAUCCUGCAGCAGGUUUUCCAUUGUCCCAGGAACGGAUUGCCAAAAGUCAUGGCUCUCAGUGUGGCUUCUGCACCCCUGGAAUGGUGAUGUCGAUCUACUCCUUACUGCGCAACCAGAUGGAACCCACAUCAGAUGAAAUGAUGGAAGCUCUAGCUGGUAAUUUAUGUCGCUGCACAGGUUACAGACCUAUUAUUGACUGUUGUAAAACCUUCUGUAAGGAAUCCUCUUGUUGCCAAAAUAAAGUUUAUGGGGAUUGUUGCUUGAAUCAAAAAGAUUAUUUACCUUCACCAACUAAUGAAAAAAAGAUUUGUACAGCACUAUUUUCUGCAGAAGAAUUCCAGCCAUUGGAUCCCACCCAAGAACUAAUAUUUCCGCCAGAACUCAUAAAAAUGGCUGAAGAUCAGACACCACAAACACUUGUUUACCAUGGAGAAAGGACUGCAUGGAUUUCUCCUGUAAAUCUAAAUGAACUUCUGGAACUGAAAGCCAAGCACCCCCAGGCACCUCUUGUAGUAGGCAAUACUGCUGUGGGACCUGAUAUGAAGUUUAAAGGUGUAUUUCAUCCACUUAUCAUCUCGCCCACUAGAAUAUUGGAUCUGUAUGUUGUGGAAUGCACAGAAGAUGGACUAAUACUAGGAGCUGCGUGUAGCCUGACUGCAGUGAAAAACAUCCUGACAGAUGUGGUCUCAAAACUUUCAGCGGAGAAAACCAAGAUAUUCUCUGCUCUUUUGCAACAAUUAAAAACUCUGGGAGGACAGCAGAUCCGAAACGUGGCUUCCUUUGGAGGAAAUAUCAUGAGCAGAAAUUCAACAUCUGACAUCAAUCCUAUUCUAGCAGUUAGCAACUGUAUCCUCAAUGUGGCAUCACAAGGGAGGCUGCGACAGAUUCCUUUCAGUGACCUUUUUGCUGAUGGACUUGGAAACAAUACCCUGGAACCAGAGGAGAUCCUAGUGUCUGUUAAAAUCCCACAUUCCAGGAAGGGUGAGUUUGUAGCAGCGUUUCGACAAGCUCCAAGGCGGGAAAAUGCUUUACCUAUUGUUACAGCAGGGAUGAGGAUUGUCUUUGAAGAAGACUGCAACAUCAUUAGGGACUUCUGCAUCUGUUACGGAGGUGUUGGCUUCACUACAGUUGCCGCCAAGCAAACAUGCCAGGCACUCAUUGGAAGACCUUGGGAUGGGCAGAUGCUGGAUGAAGCUUGCAGAGCGGUCCUCAAAGAAAUUAUUCUCCCAAGUUCAGCUCCAGGUGGUAAAGUGGAGUACAGAAGAACUCUCAUUGUUAGUUUCAUCUUCAAAUUCUACUUGGAGGUGUUGCAGUCACUGAAGAUAAUGUAUCCUACUCAGUAUCCUGAUGUCCCAGAUAAUUAUGCAAGUGCCCUUGAAAGUUUCCAUACAAAAAUGCCACAGAGUAUGCAAAAGUAUCAGGAUGUGGAGCCAGGACAGCUUCCCCAAGAUCCCGUAGGACGUCCAAUCAUGCACCAGGCUGGUACUAAACACGCCACAGGGGAAGCUAUUUAUUGUGAUGACAUUCGCGCCGUUGAUGAAGAACUCUUCUUGGCUUUAGUAACCAGUUCCAAACCCCAUGCAAAGAUUGUAUCAGUUGAUCCUUCAGAAGCUCUCAAGGUGUCAGGUGUAGUUGAUAUCGUUUCUGUUCAGGAUGUCCCAGCGACUAAUGAGUUCUAUAACUAUGAUGUCCCAGAUAUUGUGUUUGCCAGAGAAAAGGUGACUUGUGUGGGUCAGAUUGUCUGUGCAGUGGUAGCAGAUUCAGAUGUUCAUGCUAAACAAGCAGCUGCAAAAGUGAAAAUACAGUAUGAACCUCAAGAACCUGUGAUCCUGACCAUAGAGGAGGCAAUAGAGCACAAUUCAUUCUUUGAACCACAGAGAAAACUGGAACGAGGAAAUGUGGAUGAAGCAUUUAAAGUCGUCGACCAUGUACUUGAAGGCGAGAUCCAUGUUGGCGGACAGGAGCACUUUUAUUUGGAAACUCAGAGCAUACUUGCUGUUCCAACAGAGGAUAAAGAAAUGAACUUGUUUGUGUCCACCCAGCAUCCAGCAUUUGUACAGGAAAUGGUGGCCUCCUGUUUAGGCAUCUCAAGCAAUAGGAUCAUGUGUCAUGUGAAACGAAUUGGAGGGGCUUUUGGUGGAAAACUGUUGAAAACAAGUCUUCUGGCAUGUGUUGCUGCUGUGGCAGCUAAGAAGACAGGCCAUGCAGUUCGCUGUGUUCUAGACAGAAGCACUGACAUGUUAAUCACCGGAGGCCGUCACCCAACCAUUGGCAAAUAUAAAGUUGGCUUCAUGAGUGAUGGCAGAAUCAUGGCUUUGGAUAUCAAAUUGUACAUGAAUGGAGGAUGCACCACUGAUGAUUCGGUUCUGGUUUCAGAGGUAAUGCUGCUGAAACUGAAUCAUUCUUACAAGAGUCCCAAUAUCCGAGCUUGUGCCCACGCUUGCAAGACAAACAUGCCACCCAACACUGCUUUCCGUGGCUUCGGCUUCCCGCAAGUAGGACUCAUUACAGAAGCUUGGAUAACGCGUGUUGCAGCCAGAUGUGGAUUAUUACCAGAGCAGAUUAGAGAAAUAAAUAUGUACAAAGAAACCGGACAGACAUUUUAUAAACAAGAGCUCAAGCCAGAGAACCUCCUCAGAUGCUGGGAUGAAUGCAUGGAGAAGUCUAUGUAUCACACCAGGAAAGAAGCUGUGAAUAAAUUCAAUAAGGAAAAUUACUGGAAGAAAAAAGGGAUUGCCAUUAUUCCCAUGACGUUCCCUGUUGGAUUUGGCUUACGCUCCCUAGGUCAGGGCGCUGCUCUGGUUCAUUUGUAUACCGAUGGGUCCGUGCUUCUGACUUACGGUGGUGUAGAAAUGGGGCAAGGGCUCCACACCAAAAUGAUCCAGGUUGCAAGCCGAGAAUUAAAGAUGCCAAUGUCAAAUAUUCACUUCUGUGAAACAAGUACACAGACAGUCCCUAAUGCAUGUGCUUCAGUUGGAUCAAUGGGAACGGAUGUCAAUGGAAUGGCAGUGAAGGACGCCUGCCAGACCCUCCGGAAACAUCUUGAGCCCAUCAUUAGACAGAACCCUAAGGGCACAUGGAAAGAGUGGGCCAAAGAAGCUUUUGAGCAGAGUAUCAAUCUGUCAGCUAUAGGUUAUUUCAGAGGUUAUGAGACAUACAUGGAUUGGGAGAAAGGAGAAGGCCACCCAUUUGAAUAUUUUGUUUUUGGGGCUGCCUGCACAGAGGUUGAAAUAGACUGCCUGACUGGAGACCACAAGAACGUCAAAACAGAUAUUGUUAUGGAUAUUGGAUGCAGCAUCAAUCCAGCAAUGGAUAUAGGUCAGAUUGAAGGUGCCUUUGUCCAGGGCCUUGGACUUUACACAACAGAGGAACUCAAAUAUUCCCCAGAGGGGGUCCUCUACACACGGGGCCCAGAUCAGUAUAAAAUCCCUGCUGUUUGUGACAUUCCAGAACAGAUCAGUGUCUCCUUGUUGGCAUCUUCCCAAAACCCAAGAGCAAUCUACUCAUCCAAGGGCCUUGGUGAAGCGGCACUUUUCUUGGGGAGCUCUGUUUUCUUUGCAAUAUGGGAUGCAGUGGCUGCUGCCAGGAAGGAAAGGGGAUUGCCAGCAGACUUUGUGUUGAACAGCCCCUUGACUCCUGAACGAGUGCGAAUGGCGUGUGAUGACCAAUUUACUGAGAUGAUCCCAAAGGAUGAAAAAACUAAGUCCACUGUUUCAUGGGACAUCUCCCUUUGAAGAAGAACCAGGAAUGUGCAGAAAGUGCCAUGAAGUGCUAACUGCUUCAAGUCAACAUCUUCCAGUGCUUUAUCAACAAAUGCAUUUCAUUUUAGUUCAGUAGUUGCUUUCUUGUGGGGAAUUAUAUUGCAGGCUUCAUAUUCGUUUACAUGAGAGUCUCCUACCAUUUUCACACUUUUUGGUACUAGGCAGCUACAGUUAAAGGCCUAACCAUUUGGUGGUUGUUUUUAUCUGCCUUGCUAGGUUCCUAGUGCUAACGUACUCCAUCUCUUUCCUGGAGCCCCCUUCAGCAGUUCCAUGGGUCUCCUGCCUCCCUAACCCAUUUGCCUGUCUACUCUCCCUCCUCUCCCAGGGUCCUAUUUCACCAUCCCCUCCUUUUUUCUAGCUAAUAAGUUUCCUACAACCUCUAGCCACCUUUCCAUCAGUCUUCUGCCUCUUUCACACCUCUUUCCCUCAGUUUUGAAGGUAUUACUAAAUGUCACAGAAAAACAUGUGCUGACUACUAGACACAGCAAUCAUGUACAGUUUCCCCAACUUCAGGCAAUAUCUAAUUCAGCCUUCCCUGACAUAGUGAGCCUGAGAUGCUUUGGAGUACAUCUCCCAUCACUCCUGACCAUUGGCUGUAAUGGCUGGAGCUGAAGGGACUUGGGUUGGCGAAGGCUGAUGGUAGCCGAACUUGCCUUGCAUCCUCCUCAUCUCAUUAUGCUGUGUGUUUCCUUGUUCCCACAUGCCAGGAUUGGCUGCCACUAAGCACCUGCCUACUUUGAUACAUUUUAUUUACUUUGAACAAGGUCUGUGGUAAAAUAAAUCUUGAGCUGGUUUUGGCUUUAGGAAAUCUACUGUGUAGUGGUUUGCAUGAUAGAUUGCGUGGGGCAUCAGACAACAUCCUCAGGGUGUGAGACAGCAUUGCUUAAUGACUGCUGACUGUUAAAAGGUACAAGGUGCCAGGAAGAGUCCCUUUGUGCAUCUUAGCCGUCUGGUGCAUGCAUUAUCUCCUGUGAUGGUUGUGUUGUGUAAGAUAAGCUGUAUUUCCAGAAUAUCAAGCACUAGGCAAUAAAAACCAUGCACAUUAAAAGAUGCAUAUUCCACUUCCUAAGGCUAGCACACAGGUUAUUUCUUGAAAGGCAAAGGAAAUAAUUUGAGGAGUGAUCUGUUGUUUGAUUAUGUGGUUUGUUAUCAUACCUUUUUUAACUAUAGCAUGGGUUAAAAUUGAUUAAGUAUGCAGGUGCACGAGUAAUGAAGCCUGCAAGUAAUAUUGCUUCACACUUACCUUGUUACUCUCGUGUGUAGCUUUGCCAGGAAGACUGAAUCACUUGGCUUGCACUUUACCGCACUUUAAUUUAUUUUCAGAAGUUUCUCAACAAGUUGAAUUAGAGAUGUGCAAUAUAAUUUUUUUAAAAAAAAAAAUCCCUGCCGUGCUCAUGGGUGAUAGAAUGGCAAAGAAUUUAAUGGGAGGAAGAGGAAGAAGACUCUAGUUGCACUCAUUCCAGCUAAGGGAAUGGCAGUUACUAGGAUUCCCAGAGAUCCAGGAUUGGUACCCCUCCAAAUGUUAUUGGACUCCAAAUGCCCCCAUACCAUAUGGUUGGAAGUCCAACCAUAUCUUGGAGACCCCACGUUCUCCAUCUCUGCUGACACUCACAGUCCUUGUCCUCACAUUCUUUUUCCUGGUGAAACUUCAGGCCUGGGUUUUGCAUUUCACUUAACCAAUGCUGUGUAUGUGCAAUUGCACCUACACCGUUGCAUGCACCUUGGAUCAAUAUGAAAAUGGCAGCGUUGUGAGUUUUCCCCUCCGUGCCAUCUGGUACAACUUGUCCUGUAUUUUGAUGUGCCUUUCCUUGCUUCACAGGAUUGGCUGGUGUGGGCCGCCAGGAAGCACACAGUGUAACGAUGCGAGGACGUUGGGCAAAUUGUGCUAUGUAUGAUAAAGCUGGAGGAAAGAUUCUAUGAUUGGUGGCACCUCCCUUUUUUUGUUUGUUCACCCAAAGCAGAACUAAAUCUUACAGAGGGCUUCUGGGCGGGGACUUAAUGUUGUAAAUAGGUUGUUCAGAAAUCACAGUUGGGUUGUUGUCAACAGUUUUGGAUUUUUUUAAAUAGGGAGGCCCCUCCCCCCAGAAGGGUAAAUGCAGGUUAAAGGGGGAAGAAUAUACAGUCUAGCAUUUUGAUGCCAAUGACAUUGUGCAAAAAACUGCACAAGGAACACCCAUCAAUAAGUACCUGUCUGAAAGCAGCCUAAGUGCACAAGUGCUGUGAUAUAAUUUCACACCUUUUUGAAACUUGUUUAGAAGAGCAGGAAAAACUGGUGAUGCACAGGAUGAGAGUUGGAGAAGGUUCAGAAAAGGCAAUCAGAAUGAUCAAGGAACUGCAGCAACUUUCCUUUGAGGAAAGCAUUUUGGACUUUUUCGUUUAGAGAGAAGGCAAGUAAGUAGUGACAUGAUAGAAUUUUAUAAAACUAGGCGUGGCAUGGAGAAAUUGGAUUGAUAAAAUAUUUUCUCCCUCAUAACACUAGAAGUCAUGGACAUUCAACGAUGUUCAUUGAAGUACCUCACGCAUAGUUAAACUCUGGAACUCACUCCCGUAAAAGGCAGUGAUAGCCACCAACUUGGAAACCUUUAAAAGAGGAUUGAACAAAUGGAGAAUAGACUUGUGCUCUGUCUGUAUGGUCAGAAGCAGUAUUAUUUUGAAUACCCAUUGCCGGAAACCACAGAAGGAGAGAGGGCUCUUGUGCUUGGAUCCUGCUUGUGUGCUUCCCGCAGGUAUCUGGUUGGCCUCUGUGAGAACAGGGUGCUGGACUAGGUGGGCCAUUGGCCUCAUCCAGCAGGCUCUUCCUGUGUUUUUUUAAUGAGAGACUAGCAUUUCUGUGCAAAGAAAAAUUGUAAUAUUGGUAGAAAAAUGCAAAAAUCUGUUGGCAUGGUUGCAUGUAAGGUAUUCUACUUCCUGACUUGCUAUUUUGCAGGGGGAAUUCGAUUGCAUGUAGCAAAUUUGGGUUGGGAAAUUAAAGUGUAUUUGGUACUCUUGUGCAACAAACCCUCCUCCCUCUAAAUGGCGCUUCUUGUAGCAAGGAAAGUGUUGGGAAGAUGCACUGGAAAAUGUAGGGUUACAAUUGCUUGAUGUGAUGUACUAGAAUUUCCACACAAAUCAGUAUCAAUUAAUCGUGUAUAACCUCAAUAAAUUUCGUGCAAACAAAUCAAAAUGAAUGAUAACCUGGUCAUCUGUAAGUACCCUAAGUCUGGGAAAAGUUUGCUGGUUUAAUCAAGCUUGUUAAUGUUAUGUGAUCACAACAACUGUUGGUAUUCAUUUCUGUUGAACAAAAAGUCCCAUUCUGUUUUAGUGUGGACAGAUGUACCUCGGAGUCCUAUUACCUAAAUAAACUUUGUAAGCUUCCA